GAGAUUGAAGAAGAGUUCUUCUUGUUUUGUAGCUUCAGUUUCUCUGUUUUUACACAAAUUUCACUAAAACUAAAGAUAAAAUACGGCAACAAAACAAAGCUCUGUGGGAAGGAGACAGCCGGGCUGUUUGUACGCUGUUAUUCCACCGUGGAUCGGCUUCUUAUAGAUAUAUAUUUAAUUAAUCUAGAGGAGGACUGCUGCUGAAUACACACCUGCAAAGUUUGGUGACUGCAUCUUACACAGCUGUGAUGCUAUUGUGGUGACACCUGUCCACAGAUAGACAGAUGGACAGAACCACAUGAUGACACACACAAGGGCAGCACAGAGGGGUGGAGUCCAGUCCCACAGCAAGGUGCAGCACUUUAAUGCUUCAGUUGGAUGGUUUUCCUACUGCAGACGGUGUUAAGGCUGAUCGAUCGGCUGGCAGACUGACUGGAUCCAUGAUGGAAUUACAGACGUUACAGGAGGCUCUGAAGGUGGAGAUCCAGAUCCAUCAGAAACUGGUUGCACAGAUGAAGCAGGACCCUCAGAACGCAGAUCUGAAGAAGCAGCUCCAUGAACUUCAAGCAAAGAUCACAGCUCUCAGUGAGAAGCAGAAAAAGGUGGUGGAGCAGCUGAGGAAGGAGCUGUUGGUGAAGCAGGAGCCAGAGGCCAAGCUGCAGCUGCAGGUCCAAACUCCUCCAGUAGGUGGCGACAUCAAGCCGACCAACCUGCUGCAGAGCCAGCAGAUACCUGGAGGACUGCAGCAGACGCUGACAGUCACGCCAGUCCUCACCACGAAGACUCUACCUCUGGUGCUGAAAGCUGCCGCCACGCCCACCCUGCCUGGCUCCGUCCUGCCGCAACGCCCGCCCACUGUCGCUAUGGUAACCACAGCUAUCACCAAACCCGACUCACAGAACGCCCCCAUCAACCUGCAGGUGGCCAGCAAGCUGACCAAUCAGAGCUCGGAGCCUGUGCGACUGGUAUCCAAGAACACCAUGGUGGUGCAGGCCACCACCACCACCGCCCAGCCAAUCAAAGUUCCUCAGUUUGUCCCUCCUCCUAGACUGACGCCUCGACCCACAUUUCAGCCACAGGUCAGGCCUAAACCGGCCACGCCCACCAACAUCCCCAUAGCCCCGGCCCCUCCCCCGCCCAUGAUGGCGGCCCCCCAGCUGCUCCAGAGGCCUGUCAUGUUGGCCACCAAGCUGUCGUCCUCGCUGCCCUCGGCGGCUCCCAUCCACCAGGUCCGCAUCGUGAACGGACAGCCCUGCAGUAAGACUGGCUCCACCCCGCUUACGGGCAUCGUCAUCACCACGCCUGUCUGUGCCACACCAACCCGCCUCGCGAGCCCUGCCCAAGCACCCAACCCCACCCCCACCCCCAUCCCCACCCCGACUCCUACCCAGCCAAUCCAGAUCAGCAGCCUGACCACUGAGCCCAAGCAGACUGUUAAAUCUGGAGGUGGAGCCGAGCAGAAGGCCGUUGUCAGCCUUCCCUCCUCCUCCACUCCUCCGUUGUCUCCAGCUCCCAGACCCAAGAAAGAGGAGAACCCAGAGAAACUGGCCUUCAUGGUGUCUUUGGGGCUUGUAACACAUGACCACUUGGAAGAAAUUCAGAGCAAAAGACAGGAGCGAAAGAGGAGAACGACAGCCAACCCGGUGUACAGCGGAGCCGUGUUCGAACCCGAGAGGAAAAAGAGCGCAGUGAGUUACCUGAACAGCCCUCUGCACCAGGGGACCAGGAAGAGAGGUCGCCCACCCAAAUACAGCAGCGUCCCGGAGCUGGGCAGCCUCACCCCGACCUCCCCCUCCAGCCCCGUCCAUCCCCUCCCCCUGCCCAGCCCCAGCUCUGGGGAUGGAGACAUCCAUGAGGAUUUCUGCACUGUGUGCAGACGCAGUGGCCAGUUGCUCAUGUGCGACACGUGUUCUCGUGUUUAUCACCUGGACUGCCUGGAUCCACCCCUGAAAACCAUUCCUAAAGGCAUGUGGAUCUGUCCAAAAUGUCAAGAUCAGAUCCUGAAAAAAGAAGAAGCCAUUCCCUGGCCUGGUACCCUGGCUAUUGUUCAUUCCUACAUUGCUUACAAAGAAGCUAAAGAAGAGGAGAAACAGAAACUGAUGAAGUGGAGUUCUGAACUGAAACUGGAAAGGGAGCAGCUGGAACAGAGAGUCAAACAGCUCAGCAACUCCAUAACAAAAUGCAUGGAGACCAAAAACACCAUCCUGGCUCGUCAGAAGGAGAUGCAGCUUUCCUUGGACAAAGUCAAGCACCUGAUUCGCCUCAUCCAAGCCUUCAAUUUCAACCAAGCUCUCGCAGAGACAGAGGAUAAAGACGUCAGUGCCAGAGUCCAGGACGGUGCUGAAGGUGCACUCAGUCCUGAAGCUGCACCAGAAGCCAACUCUGUAGACAAUGUGAAGGCUACGAGCUCCUCAGCAAACAGCAACACUGAGGGAAAUGACAAACAAGAGCAGCAUGGAGCCGCAGGCAGCAACCAGACAGCAGCAGCAGGAGGAGAAGACACCGAAGGCCAACCUGUCCUGGAAGACAGCUCAGUCCUAGCAGCAGAAAACAGGCCCGGCAUAGAGGCAGGGGGUAAGGCCAGGCCUGGUGUAGGGGCGGGAGGAGGGGGUAACACAGGGACUGGUCUACAGGCAGAGGUCGUAGCCAAGCCUGAGACAGCUCCAGUGGUCGACAUUCCCACUGCCUCACCAGUCGAGACUGUCGCCACCACCAACGGUACGGCCGAGCCAGCCUGCCCUGACCACAGCCCCGCAGGAGACUGUGCCUCCAACGCCACCACCAACUCUGAGAACAAGAUGGCUGCCGUUAACCCUCCAGAGACAGCGGUGGAGAAGAAACAGGAGGAGAUCACUGACAGUGACGGCAGAAACACCAACAACAGCAAAACCUCAGAACCCUCCCAGCAUUCUUUGCCAGCUCUUGUCAGCAGUUUGGACAAUAAAAAGUAAUGCUAUGUCUCAUGAGUUGCGGGAAUUCAAACAUAUAUAUUAAAAAAAAAAAAGACUUUUGCUUGCACCGUACGGUGCCCUGAA